AUAAGAUAUUUUUUAUUGGCUCGUACAGCCAAACCUGCCAUGUCUUUGGUUUUAAAAAUGGCGUAUACAAGCUUUUUGUUUGCCGGUUUACGCUGUUGAAUGAUUAGUUUUCGAGACCCCGUGUGUACUCGGGCGACACGUAAACGUUGUGAAUAUGAAAAUAAAGUACAUGUAUAUGACAGCGUCGCAAAAGAGUAGAUAAUGGAGAGUUCAGAAGAUGAUGCGGGAACCGCAACAAACACUUCCCGCCGCCUAUCGGCGCGGGAAAAAGAUAUCGGGCAAGCUGAGGACAUCUGUGCAACUAGUAGUUUACAGCAAGAUUCAUCGGAAGCGCGAGAUUCCUGCAAAACUCCCGCGAUGUCUGAGGAUAAUUUCGAUGGCGAUAGCGUUCCUUCGCCAUCGACGCAAGACGUCAACACUAGCACUGAAGCGAUCCUCGACAUGAUCGAUGAAAUUGUUGACGGUCCUGGGGCUCCUAAACGUGUCCCACUUACAGUGGAGAUGGUUGAAUGUGCUCCAAAAUGUCAAUCUAACGAUCGAUUAGAUGAGCAAAUACAAACAUCUCACAGUGAGUCUGAACAUACCCUAACACAACCAUCAUUUUCUGAACAGGCAGUAAUAUCUAAAACAGACGAAGAAAUUCCAAAAGAAGAAGUUAGUAGUGGCAGUUCAUCAAACAAUUUAUUGAGAGAAAUUGGCGAUUUGUCAGAGACAUGUCAAUUAACAGUAAGUGAAAACAAUGCAGAGCCAACAACUUCUCAUGACACUGAAGAUUCCUAUUCUGUGUCGAUUCCCAGCAGCCCAAACCCUAGUAUUCCUGCCAGCAGUGUUGUGCAAACAGACCAAAGUGUUUCUGAUAAGAAUGAGGAAACAUGUGAACGGACAGUGAAAUGUGUUACGUCCAGUGAUAUCCAAGACAAUGUUGUUAUAGGGAGUGCGGAAUGUUCAUCAAGUGACACUAGUUUAAGUGAUAGAGUGCCAGUUGAGGAAAGUGUGACAAAACCAUUGCGGCGGCGCCUCGUGAGGCCAGCGCCGAGUGACCGCCGUCCUGAUACCACUGUGUCCUCUACAGUGGACCUGCAAAGUAUUAAUGUAGAAGUUCAUGAACAAUCGAGUAGCGAGUGUGUUGUCAAAGAUGUGUCCAGUUCAUCAGAUGCGGUGCCACCUGUAUAUGGUAAUGUUAAGCCAGAUGAGAUUAGAAAUGUAAGCGAAAUUAGUAUCUGCAAAGCAGAAACAUCAAGUCCUACUAAAAAAAUUAAACUCAUUAGACAAAAAGUACUUCCCCAAGUAAGUUAUAGAGAUAAUUCCCAUGUAAAGAAAUCACCUGUUAGGGAUCAAUGUCAAUCAACAUCUGAAAUCCUACCAAAUGAAUCUACUUCAGAAUUAAAUGUAAUAAGCACAUCAAAAUCAGAUAUUGACAAUGAAAUAUCGGAUAAUAAUAUGAUUAGCAUAGACAUUGUUCCAAACACACCUAAUAUACCAACAAUAACAUUGAAUGAAAGUUCUGUGGAAGAAAAUAAUACCGAGAAACAACCAAAUGAAUGUUCAAGUAACAAGAUAGAACCAGAAGAAAGUCUGACAGAUCUGAAGAAAAUUCCAUCAAUAAAGUUAAAUAUAUCUUUGACAAGUGAAACAGCAGAGUCAACUACAAAGCUCUCUGAAGAAAAAAAUGACAACAGCUGCGGUGAUAUUGUUAAUAAUGAAUUGAUUAUUGUUAAUGAAUCAGAGAAACAAGUACCAAAACUCACUAUAAAAUUAGGCAAUAAACCUGAGGAAACUAAACCUCCUGUACCGAAGUUAACAAUAAAACCAAUUAGACCACCCUCAGAGGAAGAAAACAAAUCUGAUUUCCAAGAAAAAAUACCAUGUAUAACAAAAUUAAAUAUUAAACCUAUACCUAAAAGACCUGAAAAAAUAAAUGAUGAACAUCGAAAAUCUAGCAGUAGUGAAAUAUCUGAAUCAGAAUAUUCAGAAAACGAUGAAAGUACAAGCACAUCAGAUCAGGCUUCGGCUUCAGAUCAAGGACCGGCAGAUGUUGUGCCAAAAGUAACUAUUAAAUUGGGUAAAGUUGGCACUGAAGCCGAAGGGCAAUUUUAUACAGAGAAAAAUAUACCGAAACUAACCAUAAAAGGUAUUCAACAUAAUGAAAAUGAUGAUCCAGAUGGUUUGCCUACAUUGAAACUAGUCAUCACUCAAAGUGAUGAUUCUCAGACUGAAAAAAUACCCAAGUUAACAAUUAAAACAGUAGCAAAAUCGGACAGCCAGCCACUUAGUCCAAAGCUUACAAUCAAACCUAUCAAGCCACCAGACACUGCUGCCAAGGAUAGUACUACUUGUAGUGACACGGAAAUUCAACAAAUACCAAAAUUAAAAAUAUCAACAGACUCAUUUACCUCAAUAGAGGGAAAAGACCGUCACAUACCUAAAAUUACAAUAAAACCAAUUUUAAAUACAGAUCAUUUAAAAAAAGUGAGCUCAUGUGAAACCUAUGAACAAAUCCCUGCUGUAACUAAGCUUAAUAUUAAACCAAUUCCUAAGCCAGAUAGUACAGAUAUAACAGAAAAAUUGGAGGAUAAAGUUCCUGUAGUUUCAAAACUAAAUAUUAAGCCUGUAAUUAAACCUAAAGAUAAUGAGAUAGAUUGUAAUAGAGAAGAUAUAGAGAUACCUAAAAUUACAAAAAUAAAUAUAAAACCAAUAAAAAAGCCUGAUGUUAAAUUGGAAGAAAAAGACUGUGAUCCUAAAGUUGAAUUAGAUGAAAAUAAUAUACCUGUUGUUACGAAAAUUAAUAUUAAGCCUAUAAUUAAGCCAGAAGAUGAAGAUAUGUCAAAAGAUGAAGUUUCCGAAAAUCAAUCCUCAGAAACUGGAAAUUCUAGUGAUGAUAAUACAGACAACAUACCUGUUGUAACCAAAAUCAAUAUAAAACCCAUUUUAAGACCAAGUGAAACAGAAGAAUCAAGACCUAGCAUAUCAAAUGUGGACAAUAUUCCUGUUGUAUCUAAAAUUAAUAUAAAACCUAUCAUAAAGCCAGAAGAAAAUACUUCUACUCUAUCACCUAAAAAAGAGAGUUUACGUAGCUUAGAGCAUAGAAAUUCUAUCAUACCAGUCGUUACUAAACUAAAUAUUAAGCCUGUUUUGAAACCUGAUGAUGUCCACAAAGUUAAUGAUGAUUGUGAAGAAGCAGUAGUUAAAAAUCCACCUCUGGUUAUGAAAAUUAAUAUGAAAACCGUUGAUACAAGUGGCAGUGAAAAACUUGUCAAUUCUGAUAAGUGUGAAGACAAAGACAUGCAUAUGAACAGUGUAGAUGACAAUGUACUUUCAAAAACCAAUUUUAAACUGGCCACAAAACCCAUCAAAGAGGCUGGUAAUAUAAAAACUACUGAAUGUACAGAACAUAACUCUGCCAUGGAUGAAAAAACAUGUAGUAAUGUUGAUACAAAAGUUACAGAAGUGCAGAGAAGCAUGACCCCAUUGCCAAAACAAAACUGUAUUGCUAAAGCUAAUGAAACAGAUACUGAUGCACAUAUUGCACCCAUGGAAAAGUCUGUCACCAUUGAAAUAAAGAAAAAUAUCACAUAUGACUCCACAGUAUCUCAAGAAAAUGUAGUUCUUGAUAUAAAUAAAGUUGAAUCUAACAUUAAUAAAUUGGAUGGGACAUGUCAAGUAAAAUUAUUAAGUGAUCAGACUAAUGAUGUUGUAAUAUUAGAUGAUUACGAUGGUAGUAAUUUGACUCCGGACUGUACUAUAACUAAAGUUAUUAACAAGCAACAACAUUCACCUUCAAUACAAAAUUGUACUUUAUUGAAGAAACUCCUGGAAACAAAAAGUGAUGUUUUAAGUAAUGUUGAAGAAAGCAAAUCUGUUACAAGUAAUUGCUUGUCACCCACCUUAAGGUCAAAGACCCCGUGUUCAGAAAACAAGGAACUUACUACAAAUAGCAGUAAAGACAUAACUAAUACUGAACUUUGCUCUAAAAUUGAUGCAGUCAGCAAUAUUACCAUAACUUCAAAAGAUGGAGUAGUUGAAACUCCUUUUAAAGUUAAUAUGAUGCAAGGAGUUUCUAAAGAACUGAGUGAAAGCUUAUCAAAACCCUUAGAAAUAACAGUAUCGGAAAAAAUAACUAAUCAAAGUUCAGGCCAAGAUUCACCUAGAAUUAUAUUAAAAAUAAAUAAGACUGACCAUGGUGCAUCUGCUAAAAUAAUCACUGAGGAUCCAAAAAGACCAGAACAACAAAUGUAUACAACAGAAAACACUCAAAAUGAGAUAAAUGACAAUGAAAAUAAUAAAAAGAAUAUCAUAAACAUCAGGAGGAAACAAACUGUAAAUCUCAGUCCAACAAUACAAUUGGGAAAAAGAUUAAGGAGUUCUAGGAUUGUAGAAAAUUCUGACAAGUCACCCUUAGUUAAAAAGAAUAUCAUAAAACGACCGUCCACUGCAAUUACAAGUCCAACUCACAACAAAGAACCAGAACUAUCAGUGCUUGAAACAAAAAGGUUAAAACUAGGACAACUUUUAUCUAAUAAAUCAUUAUCUAUGAGCCCUGUUAUAAACAAAGCAGAAGAAUUGUCACCAACAAAUAAACUUUCACUAGAAAUUAAACAAGGAGGAAAGCUUGUCAAUCACACAGUCCUAAAAAAUGAAAACUGUGCAAAAAAUGGCAAUUCUAAAUUACACAACAUAUUAUCCAACUUCCAACCUAAAAUACAGGUUAAGCCCUUUAAUGAUAUGUGUCAUUCAGAAAAGAAUUCUAGUAUAACAACUGAACUUGAAUCCAGUACGUCAACAGGCAGCUCUGACAGAGUAGAAAUUAUAACUAUAGGAAAAAGCCACUCAGAAGCACCAGAAUUAAUUUUUAAUGAUAAUUCUGAAUUACAUGACUUCAACAUACCAUCAGAGUCACAAGAUCCUCUUGAAGUGAGUGGGUUAAAGGCGCCCUCAAGUGUGCACAAUGAGAAUUUCAACAUUCCUAAUUCUACCCCCUCGAUGAUGGCUUCUACACCACAACCAAAAAAGCGCGGUCGACCACGUAAAAUCCCGCUUUCGGAAGGCGCCAAAAUUGUCUUGCCAACUCCUGCCCUAGAGGAGAGACCUCAAAGGUCUUUACGCUUAUCAAGGGAUAGGCCCAUGAUAUUGACAAAACCCAGAGGUAGAGGUCGCGGGCGUGGCUCUCGACGCCUAGACACCUCGUCAAGCAACACACCAGAGACAGUUACGGAUGCAGCUAACAAAUUUUUCAAAGAACAAAAAACUACCGAAAUUAUAGAUCUGACUAGUUCAAGAAUAAAAUUGCCGCGGAUGACCGAAGCCCUAGAUAAAAUGCCUUGUUCGACCCCUAUUAGUAGUAGAAGACGAAAUUCAUCUAUGGGAGAUUUGAAACUCUUUAGUGAUGCCCCAGAAUUAAAAGUUGUGCUUGAUGCUACACUUCCCAAUUUGGAAAAUUCGUAUUUAAAGUCACCUGAAAUGAACGAAGGGCGGGGGCGCGGGACGAGAGGCGGGCGCGGCAGCCGCGGGGGGCGGGGCCGUGCAGCUGGCCGCUCGCCGCGCGCCCGCGGCCGGGGGCGGGGAGGGGGCCGCGGCGCCAUGUACAUGAAGGAAACUAUGGGGAUAUAUGGUCGUGUUUGUGGGCCGGCGACAACAACAGUACAAUUAUUUGAAGAGGAGACUUGUAUGAUGGAUGACAAUGCCACUCCUGCAAAGCCAUCACAUUUACUUGACGAAGAUUCACAAAGCUCUGUAAAGAGUUCAACAAACGAAAGUAGUAAAACAAAGAAGUCAAAGUUUGCAGAGUUAUUUGACAGUAAUAAAGAGUGGACUGCCGCUGAUGUCAAAGAGUACACCUGGCCACCUCCAGAACAGUCGGCUGCAGAACAUCAGGUAAUGAUGAUUCAAGAACAAGUUGCAAUGUUCCUUGGAGUUAAAAGUUUCAAACGGCGGUAUCCAGAAUUAAAAAGAAGAACAAUAAGUGGUGAAGAAAGAGACUAUGUACUCAGCAAAGGACUUGUCACGGAAGCACUUUGCGAUCUUGGUAUAACAGCAGUAGACGCAAGUGACGUUUUGGACAUAAUGCUUUCCGACUACCCGCACAAAUAUGAAGACUACCGGUCUCAUCAAUGUAGGAAACAGAUCUCCGAACCAACGGAAGAGACGGUGGAAGAAGUCAAAGUGGAGGAGGUGAAGGAGGAGAAGGUUGAUGUGAAACCGGAACCGAAACCAGUGGAGCAAAAACCGGAACCACCGAAAGUCGAUCCAGAGAAAGCUAGACAGGAGAUGGCAGCGGCUGCGAUAGCAUCGGCCAGCGAGUGGAACGCGCGGCUGAACUCCGUGCGGCGGCCGGCGUGCGCGGACCUGCAGUCGCUGACGCUGCUGCGCCGGCGCGCGCCGCCGCCGCCGCCGCCGCCGCCGCGCGCGCGCCCGCCGCUCGGCUUCUACCCCCUCGCGCUGCUGCCCGGACAGUACCAGCACUGCUACAGGAUCUACUCCGCUGAACAACUCAGAUAUUUCCCGUUGAACACUGCGCUGGCGGCGCCGCCGGCGGUGGUCUCCGCGGAGUCCAGCUCCGACUCGGAGCCCGACUGGCUCGACCACUCCUCCUCCGACGACACCGACGUCGAUAUACACCCGCCUAAGCGUAAAAAGUUGACAAAGACGAAGCGCAGCAGCCAGCAGGGCGAGGUUGGGGGCGGGGGCGCGCGCGAGGAGGAGGCGGACACGUGCCGCGCGUGCGGCCUGCGCAUUGAGGCCAACCGCAAGUACACGCACGAGAGGUUCCUCGUCUGCGCCAACUGUAAUGCUAAACUGCACCCCGGGUGCGUGGAGCUGAGCGCGGACACGAUCCGCAAGUGCCGCGAGUACGCGUGGCAGUGCGCCGAGUGCAAGACGUGCUGCGCCUGCCGCCUGCCCGCCGACGACGACAAGAUGCUCUUCUGCGACCUCUGCGACCGCGGCUUCCACAUCUACUGCGUCGGCCUGCGGCACGUGCCCAGCGGUCGCUGGCACUGCGCGGAGUGCGCGGUGUGCAAGUCGUGCGGGGCGCGCGAGCCGGGCGGGGGCGGGGGCGGCGGCGGCGGGGGCGGGGGCGAGGCGGCGUGCGGCGGCGCGCCCCCCGAGUGGCACCACCAGACGCGCCGCGGCCCCGGCGGACACAAGCUCUACUCGCACUCGCUCUGCACGCCCUGCGCCAGGGCGUAUCGCAUCGGUCGCUACUGCCCGCUGUGCGAGCGCUCCUUCAUCGGGCCUAAGGGGACUAUGCAGCUCGUCAUAUGUAAACUCUGCGAUAGGCAACUGCAUCAAGACUGCGUUAAGCAGACUGUGAGCAAGUUGAAGGUGAUGGACUACACGUGCGGGGACUGCCGGCGCGGCGGCAUCACGUCCCGCGCGGCCGCCGUGCGCCUCGCGCCUCGCACCAUCGCCACGCUGUUCAUGGCGAAGCGUCGCUUCAACAAAUACGCGCACCGCCAGUACAUGAAGAGUCGCGGGCAGACCUCCAAAGUCUCUGAGAACUCGGACGUCGCGGACGACACGAUAGAGUCUUGCGACCGCCCCGAGCGUCCCGACGACGCGUCCGACGUCUCCGACGCGGCCGAGGAGGUGAACGACCCGCUCGACGUCGCCGACCACCGGCCCGACGGCGCGGAGUGAACGUAGUGUUACGGUGUUAUCUAUAGUGCAAGGUGGUGAGGGCGGACCGCCCAGUGUGCGUCGUGGCUUAAUUUUCAUUCGUGCAUCGGACACUGCGAGUGACUGUAUAUUGACAAUGUAAUAUAUCUAGCUGUUAUUAGUCUAUACAUAACUCUUAUCCGCUUCGGUAAUACGGUUGUAAGGUAAACUGUUGCAUAAAUCUGAUUAAUAUACGUUUAAUUAGUAGGCUAUGUAUAUGUAAGUUGUCGGAGUGCAGACGGAGGCCGCGGUCGGUCAGGUAGCCGUAGUUCGCAGGUCACUAACACGUAAAAUGUACAGUAACUUAAUACUAACUUCACUAUGUGGGUAGCUGGGCAAUCAUACUAUUUUUUAUUAUUAAUAGUUUUUUUAUGUUUGCUGCAAAAAUCAUGUUUGCAUCCCUUGUGAAUUAUUUAUGUUAAGGAGAGUCAAAUAUAAGAGAUUGAAUCGUAUGAUGUUUCGUUAAAUGGAUGUAUUAUCGUUUUGUCAUCGACAUGUUGUUUAUAUACGUUUUGUGAAUGGUUUUAUAUUGUGUAAUGUCUGACCUAUGUUCUAUUUGCACAUGAUUUCUCAAAAAUUGGAAAAUAAAUUGUAUAUUAUAAAUGAAUCUGCCUUUUAAUGCAUUUGUGAUGCAAUCAUUUUGUUUUAAAAUUGGUUAUCAUUUGAAAAAUGUUCAAAAGAAGACAGAGCGCAUUUUUUUUUUUGAGAAUAGAUUAAUUUUAGACUAUUGUUAAUUUUUUUCCUUAAUAAGGUAUUUAUUUUAGUUAUACGUUUAUAUGGAUACAACUGUAUACAAUAUGCCCCUAUAUUAUACAUACAUAACGGAUUAUAAGAGGAUAUGUUGAAAUUCACCAUUUAAUUUUUUGAUUAUAAAACAUACUGUGAUGUCUAUACAAUUUUUCUAAUGAAACAACUUCAUCACAAUAUCUUUCAAUUCGAAGUUUUAUUAAGAUAUUGUUUAAAUAAUUAAAACUAUAAUUAUAAGAAUACUUUGGAGUUUAUUUUAACUUGGUUCAAACGAAUUUCAGCAGCUUUUCCUCAAAAUGUUUAUUUAAGGCGAAACGCAAUCUUUGGUCAGAACUAAUCGUAACAAUUAUUUGCGUAACCGUGGUCUUCCACUGAUGAAAACAAUUGUAUCAAAACAUUCUUAUUCUUUUCUUUAAAGAAACAUGUUUCGAUACAUCAAUGUAAUUUCACGGGAACUUGACACAAUAUAGUUUACCAUAACUUAAU